AACGUUUCGUCCCCUGCCGCACCAUGUACACGAUGAAGCCAAUUCCGGUCCAACAGCUGCCGACACAACAACAACAGCAGCAGAUGGCCAUGCCACGGCAACCUAAGCUGACUCCGAUCACAGAAGACUACGAUAUCUCCAACACUGUCCUCGGUCUCGGCAUCAAUGGCAAGGUGGUGCAGUGUACGAGCAAGGCGACGGGCCAAAAGCAUGCCCUUAAGGUACUACACGACAAUGCCAAGGCACGGCGCGAGGUGGAGCUACAUUGGCGGGCGAGCGGUUGCCGAAACAUUGUAAAUAUCAUCGACGUGUACGAGAAUAGCUACAGCGGCAAUCGAUGCUUGCUCGUCGUUAUGGAAUGCAUGGAAGGUGGAGAACUAUUCCAACGAAUUCAGGAACGACAGGAUGGUCCAUUCACGGAACGAGAGGCCGCCCAAGUCAUGCAUGAAAUAUGUGUCGCUGUCAAGUACUUGCACGAUUCCAACAUCGCACACCGUGAUCUCAAGCCGGAAAAUCUGCUCUACACAUCGCCCCACCCGAACGCCAUACUAAAAUUGACAGAUUUUGGCUUCUCGAAGGAAACGUUCAUCAAGGACACACUGCAAACGCCCUGCUACACGCCCUACUAUGUCGCGCCAGAGGUGCUUGGCCCGGAGAAGUACGAUAAGAGCUGUGAUAUUUGGUCCCUGGGUGUUAUCAUGUACAUACUGCUGUGCGGAUUUCCACCAUUUUACAGUAACCAAGGCCUUGCCAUCUCGCCUGGUAUGAAGGCUCGCAUCCGUACCGGACAGUACGACUUCCCGAACCCGGAGUGGAAAAAGGUGAGCCAGGCGGCGAAGGACCUGAUCAAGGGUAUGCUUAAUGUUGAGCCAGAGAAGCGUCUAACCAUCGAACAAGUGAUGAUGAACCCAUGGAUUCGGCGUUACACGGAGGUGCCACAAACUCCACUCCACACUGGACGUAUGCUGAAAGAAGGUGAAGAAAUCUGGCCUGAAGUGCAAGAAGAGAUGACCCGUUCGCUGGCCAACAUGCGAGUUGAUUAUGAGAUGCACAUCAAGAAUCUGGAUAGCUCAAACAAUGCACUGCUCAACAAACGACGAAAGCGCGUCGAAGAAAAGGCUGUCCCCAAAGAGUAAUUC